AUGAAUGAAAUGAGUAACCAGCACAGACCAUUACAACCAAUGCCGCGAAGUAAAGAUAAAGUCAUACGGCCGAAACCAAGUGAGCAAAAUGUAAAAAGUGCAAUUAAAAUGGUAAUUGAAAAACGUUUAUCUAUUCGGAAAGCUGCAGAAGAAUUUCAUGUGUCAAAAUCUUUAAUAGGCCGUUACGUGAAGUUGAACAAAGAAAAAGAAAAUGUUGAGGUCGUCUAUCACCCUCUGAAUGCUGUCAAGAGAGUGUUUAGUGAUGAAGAAGAAGAGCAAUUGGUUGAAUAUUGCUUAAAGGCAUCCAAGAUACACUACGGAAUAUGCAAAGAUGACUUUUUAAAAUUAGCAUUCGAAUAUGCAGUAAUUUUGAAAAAAAAACUUAUCCAAGUGCUUGGGACACAAAUAAAAAACUGGAAAGACAUUUUAUGA